AUGGUGGGUGGUCAGCCUUUAACGACCCCGCCGUCUCUCUCUCUUUCCCAGAACCGGGCAGUCGGGCGUCCCAAGGGGAAGCUGGGCCCUUCCUCAGCCGUGAAGCUCGCAGCGAACCGGACGACUGCAGGCGCGCGUCGGAGGAGGACGCGAUGUCGCAAGUGCGAGGCCUGCCUGAGGACAGAGUGCGGCGAAUGUCACUUCUGCAAGGACAUGAAGAAGUUUGGGGGGCCUGGCCGCAUGAAACAGUCCUGCAUUAUGAGGCAGUGCAUCGCGCCGGUGUUGCCUCACACCGCUGUGUGCUUGGUGUGCGGAGAAGCAGGAAAGGAAGACACGGUGGAGGAGGAAGAGAGCAAAUUUAACCUGAUGCUUAUGGAGUGCUCCAUCUGCAACGAAAUUAUCCACCCCGGGUGCCUUAAGGUGCGGGAAUCGGACGGCGUGGUGAACGAGGAGCUUCCGAAUUGUUGGGAAUGUCCCAAGUGCAACCAUGCUGGGAAAACGGGGAAAGCGUACAAGCAAAAGCGGGGCCCUGGGUUCAAAUACGCCUCCAACCUGCCGGGGUCUUUGCUGAAAGAGCAGAAGAUCAACCGAGAGAGCAAGGAAGUGGUCCCCGAGGCCCCCAAGAGGAAAGUCGAGUGCGAGGAAUCGCCCCGCAAGAAAUCCGACGAGCGGCCCCCGAAGCCGCCCCCGGACCCUCUCGUGUGGAAGAAGUCCUCGGAGGCAGCCCACCUGCGCCGCAAGCGGAAAUUCGAGAAACCCCAAGAGCCAGCCAUGAGGAAGCGGGUAAGACUGGGGAAUCCCCGUUUCCCUCUUGGGUGUUUGGGAUGAAAAGGCAGGAGAAGGUGCCUCUUUAGAAGAAGCAGGGUACAAGGGGAGGGGGGAUCAGCAGUUGGGACCCGCCUAGUAAAAAUGGCCACUGUCUUGCCCUUCCCUAUAAGCCACGAUCAGACCCUUUCCUCCAACCUGCGAAGUCGUGUCUGACCCCAUCGCGACCCCAUGGACCACGUUCCUCCAGGC